AUGGAAAUUCACACUGCAGUCAGUGCCAUUUUGGAGGGAGUGUGCAGUAUCCUGGACAUUUGUCCCAAUAAAGACGUCUGUGAUGCCGCUUUGCUUUCUAUGAGCAAUACACAGAGUGCACUGUUAGCAUUUAAAGAGGUCGACAAAGCGUCAAUCAUCCUCCGUAAGCCUCACUUUCGUGUGUUUGUCAAUAGAGUGACACUGGGAAACUUACAUAAAGAGAUUAUAAACAUUCCCAACAGUUCCAGCCUCACAUUUUCUCUCCCAGCACUCUCCAAUAUAGGACCUUCAGACGAACCAGUGGAUGUACGAAUGCUGAGUUUAGACACAAACCCAUUUUCCUGGAAUAAAAGGGGGAACAUCAGUGGCCCAAUAGGUGCUCUCUCCCUCACCAGAGAAGAUGGUUCUAUAAUCCCUGUGGAGAACUUGAGCGAAAACAUAGAGAUUCUUAUACCAAGACCUGUAGGAGAGAAGGUGGAAACCACUGUUUUGGACCUGGGGAACUACAGCACAGUGAUCAUAAACAUUUCUUCAGAUGAUUCUACGCUGGUAUUAAAGAUGGUGCCUUCAAAUGAUCCUUUACCCUUCAAACUGUACCUUGGUUAUAUGGACUACCCCACUGAAACAAAUAAUGUUGCAAUGACAGAGAUGCCUCACCAGGGAGAAACACAAGAGGAGAGAUACACUUGGCUACUGGACCCUAGAGAUUUCAAGAGAUACAGGGGAAAACACUAUCUUGUAGUGAGGCCCAUUGUAGGUCCCGGUAUAAAAUCCAUCAAUGCAAGUUUGUCCAUCACCUCCUUCACUACCGCCUGUAAAUUCUGGAAUGAAUCAACGUCGGAGUGGAGCACUUCAGGAUGCAGGGUUGGCGUUCAAACCACACCUCUAGUAAUCCAGUGCCUCUGCAACCACCUCACCUUCUUCGGGAGCUCUUUUUUCGUCGCUCCCAACACUGUAGACCUGUCACAAACCGCGCAUCUGUUUGGGACUUUUGGUGAAAACCCUGUGGUUGUCUGCUUUGUGGGGUCCCUCUUUUUGGUGUAUCUUUUGGCGAUUGUGUGGGCACGACGAAAAGACAUUAAAGACAUCGUGAAGGUGAAGGUAACUGUCCUGGAGGACAACAACCCCAUGGACGAGAACCGCUACCUGUUGAGUGUCAGCACAGGGUAUCGGAGAGGAGCCUCCACUUCCUCACAGGUGACAAUCACUCUGAUGGGUGCGGAGGGAACCAGUGAACCACAUCACCUGACGGAUCCAAAGAAACGUGUGUUUGAGAGAGGCGCGGUAGAUGUGUUCCUGCUAACUACACCCUUCUCCCUGGGAGACCUGCAGGGCAUCAGACUGUGGCACAACAACUCAGGAAGCCAUCCUGCCUGGUAUGUUGGCAAUGUUGUGGUUCAUGAUAUACAGACGGAUCAGAAAUGGCAUUUUCUAUGCAACUCCUGGCUGGCUAUAGGCAUGGGGGAUGGUUCUGUGGAUUUAGUCGUUCCUGUUUCUACGGAAAUGGAUUUGAAGAGAUUCAGUAACUUGUUCUAUAUGAAGACCACAAAGGAUUUCAGUGAUGGACACCUCUGGUACUCUGUGAUCAGUCGACCACCAGGCAGCAACUUCACUUGUGUUCAGAGAGUCUCCUGCUGUUUUACACUGCUGCUCUGCACCAUGCUGACCAGCAUCAUGUUUUAUGGGAUCCCAACGGAUCCCUCGGAGCAGACCAUGCACUUCGGUCACUUUGAGUUUACCUGGCAGCAGUUCAUCGUCGGAGUUCAGAGUUCCCUCAUCAUGUUUCCCAUAAACAUCCUAAUUGUUAGCAUUUUUAGAAGCACUCGCGCACGGGAGACGUCUUGUUGCAAGCGCAAAACCAAAAAGCCCGACGCCCUUGGACUGAAUUCGUUCUUACAGACUGUGACCACCAACACAGAGGUUGAUGUUUCUUUGGAUACCAUCAUCAAGGAUAUCACAAGAAUUGCUUGUUCUCUGUCUAACAACAUGAAAAGCAACAUACAAAACAUGGAGUCUGGACAAGGCGUUGAUGUCAAUGCUGUUCUCUCCAUGGUGGAGGACUUUAUCAAACCAAAUAAAACCACCAUUGACUUCACAAAGCACCAAAUGCAGAGCUCUAGCAACCUCGCUCAGCCUCAGCCACCAGAGGGCGGUCCAGGGUCUACAAUGGAGGGGAUUCAAAGGAAGAGCAGCAAAACCCAGUAUCUGUACCGGCAGUUGUGUCACAUCGACAAGCGGCUGAGUCUGUUGGGUCCGUCGGGCUUCCCGACCCCGCACAGUUACAGCCGAGCUCUUCAACAGAUCCAGGGAAUCAAGGAGUGUCUUGAAGAUCAGCUUGGUUGUAUCAACCCAGAUGAAAUCACCCAGAACAGGUUGAGCCCAGCAGACAGCAGCGAUGGUGGUGAUGGUCACAGGAAGAGGGCGUGCUGUCAUCGAGGGCUACCCUGGUGGUUCGUCUUUGUGGGCUGGCUGCUAGUGAUCGCAUGCAGUUUUGUCUCUGGGUUUUUCACGAUGCUUUAUGGGUUGAAAUUUGGGAAGGAUCGCUCUGUAAGCUGGUUGGUGUCCAUGAACGUCUCCUUUUUCCAGAGCGUGCUUGUCAUUCAGCCAUUGAAGGUGCUCUGUCUUGCUGUCUUCUUUGCUCUUGUGAUAAAGAAAGUUGAAAAUGAAGAUUUCCAAAAUGUAGAGUUUGAAGGAAAGACAGGUGGUUAUAAGGAACUACAAAUGAAGAGACAGAAUUCCAGUAUCUAUAAGCCUCCUCCUGCUGCAGACAUUGAGAAGAUGAAAAGGAAAAAGGUCAUGGAACAGAAAGCCUUUGCCCUCUUCAAAGAAAUAUUGACCUACGUGGUCUUCAUGUGGAUGUUGCUGCUGCUAGCACACGGCCAGAAAAAUCCCAAUGUCUUUUUCCUGCAUCGUCACAUCCGAGAUAGCUUCAGUAGCAAAACCUCAGACACCAUGAGUCUUGCAGAUGUGUUCACUUGGGCCAACACAUCUCUACUAAGUAACCUUUUUGGAGUUUAUCCAGGAUUCAUCACUGAUGGAAACUCCAAGCUUGUAGGUAAUGCUCGUCUUCGUCAACUGAGAGUGCAGGGCAACUCCUGUCAGACUGCAGGACCUAUGCUCCAGGUUGCACCAGACUGUAACGCUCUGAAUUCUUGGGAGGCUGAGGAUAUGGGGUCCUAUGACACCGGCUGGAACCACUCGGAGAGGGUUGAUACCUCUACAGGCACAUCUAGCCCGUGGACAUACCAGACGCAGUCUGAGCUCAGGUCUUAUCCCAUCUGGGGCCAAAUGGUACUCUACAGGGGAGGUGGCUAUGUAGCGGAGCUCGGCCCGGAUUCACAAAAUGCCACCAGCACCCUCGACUACCUGUUCACGAAUACAUGGCUGGAUGUGCACACAAGGGCGAUCUUUGUUGAGUUCACCGUGUACAAUGCGAACGUGAACCUCUUCUGCAUCGUCACUCUCCUGCUGGAGACAAGUGCUGUGGGAGCUUUUCAGUUCCACAGCGAGCUGCACAGCGUUCGGCUUUACCAAUCAAGUGGUAAUCUUCACAUCUUCGUAAUAGCUGCUGAGAUCAUACACCUGCUUUUCAUCCUCUAUUACAUGUUCCUGCAGGGAAAACUGAUGAAGCAGCAGCGCUGGGCUUACUUCAGGUGCAAGUGGAACCUCCUCGAGCUGACUAUCAUCUUACUGAGCUGGAGUGCCGUGGCUGUCUUCAUCAAGAGGGCCGUGAUCGGAAACCGCGAUAUGACCUACUACGAGAACCACAAGCACCAAUUUGCAAGUUUUUACGAGACCGCCACAACCGACGCAGUGCUCCAGUAUCUGGUGGCCUUCCUGGUCCUCCUGGCAACCUUCAAACUGUGGCACCUGCUUCGACUGAACCCCAAGAUGAACAUGAUCACCGCCGCCCUGCAGCGGGCCGGGAACGACAUAUCCAGCUUCCUUGUGGUCAUUUUAAUCAUGUUUGUGGCGUAUUCCGUUUCGUCCAACGUGAUUUACGGCUGGAAGUUGUCCUCGUAUAAAACUUUUAUGGAUGCAUUGCUGACCAUCAUCAGUUUGCAGAUAGGUAUCUUUAACUAUGACGAGGUCCUGGACGGCUCCCCUUUGCUCGGCGGAUUACUGUUUGGUUCCUGCAUCGUUUUAGUCACGUUCGUGGUGCUCAAUCUCUUACUCUCUGUGAUCCUGGUGGCCUUCAAGCGGGAGCGACUACACCACAAGCCCUCAGAGGAGGAGGAGAUAGCCAACCUGAUGCUGAAGAACAUCUGCGGUCUCUUCGGGAUCAGAUACGGAGACACAAGUGACGUCCACAGGCCUGAAGCGAAGCAGGACCGUGGCCAUGAACAACAGCAGAAAUACUCUUAAGCUCACUGAAGGUGAUGUAAAAAAAACAUCUGAGAUCUCGGUAAACACAAAGCUUUAUUUAGUUCCAUUUGUGUUCACGUGUGUUGUUGUUUGUUUUUCUUCGCUUGACCACUAGGCCUUUCCUGAAUUACUCCAUGAAGAAUCUGAAAUAUAACGGAAGGAAAUAAUUACAGCAUAUACACUGCUGUUCAGGUUUUAAGGGCCGGCAGCAAAACCUUUUUACACACUUCUCUCUCGAAGGUUUAGGUCCUUUCUAGUUGCUUUUGUGUGUUAUUUACAAUUAAAUCCCACAUUAAAUUGGAAAGAGCAGACAUCAUCAUUAGUCGUUUUUUAAAUUGUAACCAUCAAAUUAUAUAUAUUUAUAUAUAAAUCGAACCAGCUUCUUGUUUCUCAAUGUUUUCUACAAUAUACAAUAUACACAAUACAAAUAG